AUGACCGGGCUGUCAAAUGCUUGCAAAGAGCGCGCCGUUCACAACACCGAUCUCUAUAAGGCCAUCGAAAAUCUCACCGAUAACGAGCUCGAGCGGACUUAUGAUUCUUUAAAGCGAGACCCAGACCGGCAGAUCCGACAUGAGCUGGCUCAGGACCACAAAGACCGCAGCGACAGAGAUUCAGGACACAAUUUCCAAUGCUCUUCGACGACCAAUCAAGUAGAGCGAGCUGGCAAUUGCACAUACAACUCUUGCAGCCGGUUCGCCGAGCCCUUAGCAACGAUGGACAAGAUCAAUGAGAAACUUCCAUCCGAUACGGCCAAUAUCUCGAAAAUGGCCGAUGAUACUACCGCAAAGUCACCCGUGAGUUUUUGGAAGAAAUUUUUCAGACGUUCAGCUCGGCCUUAA